ACAUAAUUAGCGGAAGCUAUCUGAUCUUCCGUAUCCACUUCUUCCUUCAUCCCUUCUCUCAUUUGAAGCUUCGCGAACGAACAUAACGAACCCAAUACACAACCAUUCCAUAACCAGACAAACACACAAACAAACAUGUCCGGUGUGGGCCCUCUUUCCCAGGAUUGGGAACCCGUCGUCCUCCGCAAGAAAGCUCCCACCGCCGCGGCCAAGAAGGACGAGAAGGCCGUCAACGCCGCCCGCCGUGCCGGCGCCGAUAUCGAAACCCAAAAAAAAUAUAAUGCUGGGACAAACAAAGCAGCCGCUAGCAGCACUUCAUUGAACACUAAGAGGCUGGAUGAGGAUACAGAGAAUCUAGCUCAUGAGAAAGUACCAACUGAACUUAAGAAGGCUAUAAUGCAAGCUAGGAUGGAGAAGAAACUUACUCAGGCUCAGCUUGCUCAACUGAUCAACGAGAAACCUCAAGUGAUCCAGGAAUACGAAUCAGGGAAGGCCAUUCCAAACCAGCAGAUAAUUGGCAAGUUGGAAAGAGCCCUUGGAACUAAACUGCGUGGCAAGAAAUAAGGAAACUAAAUUCAUGGUUCUGCAUAUAUUAUGUUUUGCAUGUCUCGCUAUGGGAGUGUUGUGUUUGCUCACUAAUUGUGUAUAUUUAAGACAGAUAAAGGGUUGUGAAGACCUGAGGCUUUCACCUGUUCGAAUAAAUAAAGUUGCAUUUUCAGUAUAAAA